AUGGUACAGGGCUUCGGAAUUAUCUACUCGGAACUCAUCUACCAGUUUGGUACGAGUAAAGCGGAGACGGGCUGGAUUCCCUCUCUAGGAUCUGGGCUCUUACUUGGCUUUGGUCCGGUGUCCAGUAUCCUGGUCAAGCUGAUUGGUUGUCGCGGGGUUGCGGUCAUGGGGGCAUUGUCCAUUUCAAUAGGAAUGUCCGCCAGCAUGUUUGUCAAUGACGUACACGAACUCUACCUGACGUAUGGAAUUAUAGCAGGUAUCGGAAACGGUAUGGUAUUCCAUUCGGCGGUGGUGGCUGUCAAUUCUCAUUUUGAAAAAUCACGACUGGCCCUGACGAUUCUAACCAUAGGGUCCCCCGCCUCCCUCCUCACCACACCCUUCCUCACUACGAUCUGGAUUGACACUUACGGUUGGAGAGGCACGUUUCUCCUCCUGGCCGGUAUCAGUCUCCAGGGAGUCGUAUGUGGCGCCCUCUUUCGGCCGCUGGAAAACAAGUCACCAGCCGAGAGCGAUGAGACACCGGUUAAACUAGCAUCCAUCAAAGUGGAGUUGAAAGCCAUUUUCAGUAUCUCGGACUUUGUCCUGUUCUGCCUGUACUCGUCAUUCGGAACUCUAGGAUAUAUGGUUCCCUACGUUCUAGUUCCAGCCAUGGCGGCGGAGAAAGGCGUUUCCUCUCUCGAUGUCCCGUUUAUCACCACUGCAGCAGGGUUGCUGGGUAUCAUUGCCCGACUCGUAGCGGGAGUUAUUGUUGCCAAAGGCCUCGUCAACACUCUACUACUGCAUGGAACAGCCCUUCUGAUUGGUGCAAUUGCUACUGCCGCCUGCGCCUACUUUUCGAGUUAUCAGAUGUUCCUGAUAUACGGCGGGAUACUUGGCAUGUUCACAGGGAUAUUUGGAGCUCUUCUCUCUGUCAUCACAGUGGAUAUCGUAGGGAAGUCCAAUCUCAACAUGGCGUUUGGCACGCUGUCUUUCUUCCACGGAAUCACAUUUACACUGGGAACACCCAUAGCAGGUUGGAUAGCAGAUGUGAGCGAAGGUUACGGGAAUGGUUUGUAUUUCGCCAGCGCUGUGUUUGCUAUCGGAAGUGUAAUUUCUUUCUGCAUCUACAUCCGACGAAGACGCAAUGCUCGAUCUCUGAAGAGUUUGAUCAACCAAAUAUCCAUUCAGAAGGGUUUAAACCUUAAAGUGGCACACCAGAUUAUUGGUGGCUGGACAGUGGCACACCAGAUUAUCGGUAGCCGGAAAGUGGCACACCAGAUUAAUGGUGGCUGGACAGUGGCACACCAGAUUAAUGGUGACUGGACAGUGGCACACCAGAUUAAUGGUGGCUGGACAGGGGCACACCAGAUUAAUGGUCCCUGGACAGUGGCACACCAGAUUAAUGGUCGCUGGACAGUGGCACACCAGAUUAAUGGUCGCUGGCCAGUGGCACAACAGAUUAAUGGUCUGGACAGUGGCACACCAGAUUAA